AGGGGAAACUACUGCCAUUGACUUGGAUGUGUCACAGUCUACGUUUAGUUCACUACCUUCUGUGCUUGAUUCUAUUGUAGUUGUCUCAUCACUGGAGCCUACUGUAUCUGUGACAGGUACUAUUGAAACUGUAGUAGACAUAAUGCUGGAGUACCCGCUGAGGUUGUGGCCCAUGGUGAAUGUGAUGUUGAUUCUUUAGUCUCUAAUGAAGGAGAAAAUACUAGGCGUGUUAAUAGUAUUAUGAGCACAGAAAUAGGGGACAUAUCUCCUUCCUCAACUGCAGAUAUCUUGUGUUCUGAAGGGGAAAGAAAACAUGAUAUUGUGCCACAUUCAUCUACUUCAGUUGAUUCCAUAGAAGGGACAGUGGUGAAACUCAAUUUGGCAGAUGCCAACAAAGAAAUAGGGCACAAUCUACUUUUUUCAAAAGAUGAUUUUCCUGAUACAUCCUUGUCUCAAGCAAAGAGAAGAUCAGGGGCAAUGCAGGAAGCUGAUGGUUUGAGGUUUAACCAAUUUGAAAGAGGCGGUGAAACUGAGUUUGAAGUUGAUGGUAAACUUCCUUUGUCCAAGCAUGGCGACUAUGCUAAACCUCUUGAAGGGGCAACAUCAGAUGUAACUAGUGUAGAGGGGCGAUCCAGUGAGACAGAGCAGUCCAAUAGAGAUGAUGCAACUGUAUCUACUGUGGCAGCCAACAGUUCCCAGGCAGAUGAAAGUUUGGCUGCUAGUUAUAAGUUGACAAAUAAACUUGUUGAAGAAGCAAUGUCUUGUUCACUUGUUGAAGAAGAACAAGUGAACAAGAUGUGCAAUUAA